AUGUCAACUGAAAAGCCUAAGCUGCGAGAGCUGCCCAAGGGCAGUUCUCCUGAGGAGAUUCUCAAAAUCAUGCGUGAAGACGGCGGUGUUAUUAUCAAAAACUUUCUCACCCCCGACCAAAUCUCACGCUUUAACGCAGAGAUUGCCCCUGCCAUGGAGAAUCUGAAUGCAGGCUCCACGCACUCCGACAAGUUUAUUUCGAGCUUCCACGGCAGCAACACAAAGCGCCUAACAAAUCUUCCAACACUCAGCCCAACCUUCCGCAAUGAGAUUCUGGACAGUGACGAAGUUCAUGCUAUUUGCGAAAGUGUGUAUAGCGAGGAAUGCAAGAGCUACUGGAUGAACACCGCGCAAGUGAUUGAGAUCGGCCCAGGAAAUGUCGCGCAGCCUCUUCAUCGCGACCUUGAGAAUAACUACCCCUUCAUUACCAUGGGUGAGGCAGGCCCAGAGAUCUCUUUGAACUUUCUCAUCGCCUUCACCGAUUUUACCGACGAGAAUGGAGCCACGAGAGUCAUUCCCGGUAGUAACCAUUGGCCGGAUUAUAAUGACCGCGGAACCCCCGAAAUGACUAUCCCAGUUGAAAUGAAAGCUGGAGAUGUGGUUUUGGUGUCAGGAAAACUUAUACACGGUGGAGGUGCCAAUAGAACAACAGAUUCCUAUCGCGGGGCAGUCGCCUUCACGUUCCAACCGGGCUAUUUGACACCCGAAGAGGCUUAUCCCCACCUUCUCGAGCUGGAUCUAGUCAAGUCCAUGAGCCCGCGAGCACAGAAGAUGGUCGGAUUCCGCAGCCAGUACCCGAAUGGAAGCCCAGGUCUGUGGCAGGUUGAUUACAAGGAGAUUGGCGAUUACUUGGGGCUUUGA